AUGCACUCGUAUCGACAACCCUUAUUAUAUGAAUCAGAGGAAAAUAAAAAGUCCUUCUUUCGAAAAGUCGUUUUUCCGCUAAUCAUUUUAUUUAACAUUGCUUCUACAACUUAUCUUCUGAUUGCCAAUUCUUUAAAGUAUGGUGAAUAUCAAAAACGGAGCUCGUACGUAAUCUUUCAUGUUCCAAAUACGACUUCAGAUUAUUAUAUCGUUCGAGCCGACCUAAACGGAACUGUCAAUUGUUCAUCCGAUGCUUUAUUUACUUUCAAUGUCACAACUGUGUUCAAUAAUAUCAUACGUAAAGAUACAGCGAAUACUUUAUUUGUCACAGUUUAUUGGCUAAGCAUCGCAGUAGCUGUAUUUCUCAAUAUAGUCGGAAUAAGUGAAGCCAUCAUUGAUCACUGUACAUAUGAUGAGUCAAAAGAAUCGAACUGGUGUUUCAAAUCGAUUCUUUCGAUAGGUUCGCAACUUCUUCAAAAAGGUUCCUUCAUUUUUCCAACGUAUUUCAUUGGAAUUUUUAAUUAUACUCAAGUAUGUUUAAAUCAUCAUACGAAACAAUCCUUGUUUAUACUUCAUCAUACUUAUAUCGGUAUUGCAAUCUCACUGAUUAGCAUGAUUUAUCUGAUCAUUUGGACAUUAGCCUGUUGUGAUACUCGUCGAAACGUAGAUAAUGAUAAUAUUCUAUGGGUAAAAUUUCGCGAAACAUUGACGUGUGAAAACCAGUCAGCGUGUGGAAUCGUAGGCAUUUUAUUAUGCUUACCUGUGAUUCCAUUAGGCAUCUACGAGGAUUUAGAUGUCACUUUGACGAUGUUGCAAAAAACUGGAAUAGGGAAAAGUGUUAAUGAACUACGUCGACUGACUUCUAACGAGAAUCUGACAACAAUGGCAAAGAAUUUAUUGAAGAAAUGGAAAAAACUUCUUCCAACUUCUUCUGGCAAAGACACUGAACCGAAACAUCCUCAACUGGCCGAUCCAGUUCGACUCAAGUCACGUGAAAUGUUGGCAAAAGCAUUAUCAAUCGCUGCAAUUCCUCAAGGAUCACGAGCUCCCGAAGAAUUAUCCGCUCGGAUCGAAGAAGCGAUUUUCAAUGAGAUCAAAGAUACCAAAACGAAAUAUGGACACCGUAAGAAAUGA